AUGCCUCGCUACGGAGCUCUAGGCGCAACCUUUCAAAUUGCCCGCCUAUUCCAAACCUGCUCCUUGAUCGCCGUAGUCGGCAUGACGGCCAAAUUCAUCAGCGUGAUCGUCUCCAACAACGGCACCCCACCCAAUAUCCUAAUCGGCACAAUCAGCGUGCCUCGACAUAAAGAUCCCACUGACCGCCUCCCUCAUUCACAGACAUCUAUUGCUGUAAUCUACUGCAUCAUCACAGCAAUCCUAUACAUGGAUGACAUCCUACCAUUCUUUAUAAUCUCAGUUUUGGACCUACUCCUGCUCAUCGCACUAAUUGUUGUCGCUGUCAUCGUCGGCAAGCCACUCUCGUACUUGAAGUGUUCAACACUGGCGGAGUUGGGUGAUUCCGACGCAACCAUUUAUGCAUUUGCUUCACGGUUGUCGAGCUAUAUUGCCCAUAUCAGCGGGAAGAUCGACUACGUUGCAUUUAUUGGGGCUUCGAAGGCAAUUUGUCUUGAAACAAAGGCUAUCUGGGGGUUGAGUAUUGCGCUUUGUGUUCUGUUUUUCUUUUCGACUAUUUCUAGCGGCUUAUUGUGGCGGCAGAAGAAGAAGCUUCUUGCUGCAAAGAGUGCAGAGUAA